AUGUUUCCGCCGCCAUUAUCGUCCUUAAACCAAGAUGUAAAGCCAAAUUUCUUCAUGCGUGCGGUGAGAAAAGAUGAAAGGUUAGAGUUGACAGAGGUGAAAAUUGGCCGGCCCGAAACUCUCCUUGCUUCCAACCAAGAUGGACGGCUGAGAUUAUAUCUCAUUCGUGAUGAAAAAGAAGAAACAGAAGAGGAAAACGAAGAAUUCCCGUUUGACGAUGAAGAAGAGGUGAUUGAAACAAUUCAAAAAGAAGAAGAAGAAGACAAGGUUGAAGAGUGGAAGUUUUCGCUGACAAGCGGUGGUAGUGGAGAUGGUGUUCGGAGAUGUUACGGUGGUCAUCACCAUCAUCAUCAUAACAACCACCGCCAUGAUUUACAUCUUGGGGAAAACGAUUGGAGAGAAGUGGAUUUGGUAUGA